GCCCUCAAGCAGUAAAUAAUUUACCGGUGUUGCAACAUCAAGCAAUGAUGGCGACCAACAGCGGAGACCCAGGUGGCGAUGCUGAGAUGCUUGAUGACACUCUAGAGAAGUCAAAAUGCACCCCUUCAGAAACAACCUCGGAGAACUCCAAUCCAGAGGACGGGAGCAAAUUAACGACCGGGUCAAAGACGGAAUCCACAAACCAGCAAAGUGAAAAUACAAACUCAGAAACAAAAAAUGGCAGCGAGCCACCGGAUACAACUGUCGAUGUGACAACGGAGAACAGUAGCAAAGAAGAUGAGAAUUCUAAGGAGACUGCCAUGGAUGUGUCUGCCGGAGCUGAACUGACUAGAGUCUCGAGUGAUGAGCCAGCAGAAGCAGCAGAAGCUGCGGAACCAAAAGAAACAGUGGAUUUUAAAGUGGUGUUUAAUAAACAGAAACAUGAUGUUAGUUUUGAUCUUGAUGGAACAGUUUCAUCUCUCAAGAUACACUUGCAGACGACAACAGGUGUACCAUCAGGGAUGCAGAAGUUGAUGUACAGAGGUCUGAUGAAAGAUGACAAAACACUGAGAGAUCUAAAGGUCACCAAAGGGGUCAAGUUGAUGCUGAUUGGUUCAACCAUCAAUGAUGUUCUAGAAGUCAAUAAACCUGUUGCCAAGGGAACUACUAAAGAAAAAGAUGAAGCAGGAGCCCCUGCCAAGGAGGCAUUGAGCAAACAGAAGAUGCACAAGAAGGUUCUUGAUAAAGGCAAACCAGAAGACAUCAUGCCUGGCAUCAAGGGCAGAAAGGAUGCAUUACCGUCAGUGCCAAUAUCUGGCAUGUACAACAAGGCUGGUGGAAAAGUACGACUCACAUUCAAAUUGGAAAUCGAUCAACUCUGGAUAGGCACAAAAGAGCGGACAGAAAAGCUUCCAAUGAGCUCCAUUAAGAAUGUCAUCAGUGAACCCAUAGAGGGACAUGAACAAUAUCAUAUCAUGGCCAUUCAACUUGGUCCGACGGAGCAAUCUCGCUACUGGCUGUACUGGGUACCAGCGCAGUACACACACGCUAUCAAGGAUGCAAUCCUCUUCAAAUGGCAGUAUUUCUGACGGUUGGCGAAUGCAACACCAGCCCCUUGUUUCUUGUAUUCCUCAUCCGUUGUGUCAAAGCUCUCGUACUUGUUUGUUUCUCCUGCUGAAAGAUGUUCCGCUGGCCAGGCCAGUAGGUGAUGCUUGUAUAGGGAGGGUCGGGGAGAGUCUAGGCUGACGAAGUGCAAAACACAGACAUGUAGCAACAAAAGAAGGGGAUAAUUCAGAUAGAUGUCAUCAUUGCAUUUAUAACCUCUACUGAAAAUUAUGAAUAAUGAUAGUGGUUGCGUUUACACAGAAAGUCAUUUACCUAUGGUCUGCAGAUUGCAAUCUAAACAUGACGCAAUUACAGGGUUUAUUUUAAAGCUGGAAUCCUUAGAGGGGCUGUGUUGUCCUGAUUAAAGCAGGUAAAACUUGUUCAUUUAGGGGUUGAACAAAGAAUGUUAAGAACAAAGAAUGUUCAACCCCACAUUAACAUUUACCCAGUAAGUUUCCCUCGUUGAUUGUUAUUAAAUUUUAUUCAAUGAGACAUUUAUUUCCUCUUCAAAUAAAUAUGAAUAUUGCAUGGAAUAUUAAAAGUAGGGGCAAACCUACACAAACUUUAUGCAAAGGAAUUCAAGUUUGCAAAGAUUUUCUUAUUGCCGUAUGGUCUGCUGUAACAUUGCUACAUGGAACUUAUGUUGCUGAGGGGCAGUCUUGGAAUUUCAUCUUUGAGAGGGCAAGUCCAUUUGCAUUUUGCAAAAGGCACUUCCAUUAGGAAAUAUACAAGUCUCUUGAAAACUUUUGAAAGGGCACCAAAGCCAAGACCAUGGGCAACAGAGGUCAUGGCCUCUGUGAUGUUUUUGAAGUUUCACUUUGUGUAAACAGCUAUUCCUAAUUUCAUAGAGCUUCUAAAAGACAAAAGUGCUUAACAAAUUUCUGCCAAGCAAAAAAAAAGUAGUUCAUAUGUCAGAAAUGGUAUGUGUGUAGUUUGGAUGGUCACCUUAUUCUGGUAAGCAAAAUUGUUUUGUGCUUAGCUACUUUGUGUUAACAGCUCUGUGAAAUUGGGCACCGAUUAUCAAGGUUUCAUUUUAAGGUGUUUGACGUAUAAAUAAACAAGGAGCGAUAUGGGCUUGUACAUAAUGGAAUGUUCUAUUAUUAGGAUUACUCUAUAAUGUUAAUUUUGAUGAUUUUAAGGCACUUAUGUUUUUACUUGCCCAACAAAAACUUCAUUUUGGGUUUCUUAAUUAAAAUUUGGUUUGCAUCUAUGCCCCCACUUCCAAGAGGGAAAUUUUCCUAAACUGACUAUAAUUUGUGCACAUCUAUGUCUUUUUUAAAUGCUGAUCUUGAACAAAAUAAAGCAAACAUUUUUUUUAAACACAUUUAGCCUACAGUUACAGAAUUGUGUCUUACUGUUCCUAAUAUAGAACUUAUCAAUAUAAACCACAAGGGAAACUGACUGGGUAAAUUUGUAAAUGAUUUUUGGGGGUUGAACAAAGAAU